AUGCUCGACGAGAAGCAGGACAAUGAGUUCCACAUCAUCGUCAACAACGAGAAGCUGGAGGAGAUCAAAGCUAAUGAUGGGAACACGUACGUGGUCAUGCCCCUCUUCUCCAAGGUCUCGUACGGCGUCGAGUUCGUGGAAGAGGUCAAAGGCCACGGUGCGGCAGAGAAGAUCUCUCAAAAGUGGCCCGUGUGCCCGUACAAGGUGGUCGUGAGGAAUUUGUCCGCCAAGAUCCAAAAGACCACUCUCUACGUCGACGGGCAGAAGGUGUGUCGAAAGCAUGUGCGCGCGGGAGAAAACCAGGUGUUUGAGGGGAUUCCCACUGCAAAAGGCAUCCAGGAGCUCCUUUUCUCCCUGCCAAGGUUUACCACCUUGAAGGAACAGCAGGGCAACAGCGGCGGACGGGCGCUGAAGAAGUCACGCACGAGUGAGAUUGGGGUGGUCAAGAUUGUGUGGAACGACUGUGUCAAGACUGGCAAAAGGUCCUCGUCCCGUCACCGGAAGUACUCAACGACCUCCUUCACGCAAGCGAACAAGUCGGACGCGAAAGCGACGGGCGCUGGUGCAGGAGGGGGCAGCAGCGAGAAGGCCUUCGCGUCUACAACCAGGGCAGGCAAGGUCAUCCGGCUGAAUGAGCCUAAAUCCUGCACGGUUUCGACGUAUCAUAACGUCGGAAAGCCGUGGGAAGCGCGCUUGUUGUACCGCACAGAACACCACUUACAGGACAUCGGCGUCCUCGGAACAAGCGAAACUGCGGCACAGGAGAUCGAGCGAAAGGCGAAGCGCGCGAGGCGCCGGAAGAAGGCCAAGCUCCAGGGCGGCCCCUCCUCUCCCCCCGUCCUUGUCAUGGAAGACGACCCCCCGCCCCUGGUAGCCGCAACCGACGUAAAGCCUGUUUUGUGAAGGCGUGCGGCACCGAUGGUCGGCAGGGCGGGAUGAUGAGAUGAAGGCUUGGUUGCCCUUUGGAAGGAGCUGAGCCAGAUGGGGGAGAGACAGUCGCUCCGUUGUUGUGUGUCGUUGGGAACCGGGACGGGGGUUGCUGCUUGACAUGGCAGGAGAGGGGAGGGGAGAGACUAGAGAAGGAUCAAGGGGGCGGCGGUGCACUUAUGUGAAUCUCAAGGAUAACACCUCCUCCUUGGCAUCCGCAUCUAUCCAGCGCUCCGCGGCUUUGGAUCUUGACUGUCACAUUCACUGGUAACGGGAGAUUCGCCUCCGGUAUGCUCCGUUGGGUUAUCGCCGCAAGGCCCAUGAAUCACUUAGAGCCCUUCCAUCCACCCGUCUGCCCCACGCCCAAUAUUUGUUCGUUUUCGGAAAAAGCAAACAGAGCAGGAGGAGUUGGUUAUAGAAGGGUGCGAUUGGUUGCCGCUGCUUGGACAGCUUGCUCCUAGUUAGUGCGGAACAGUUAAUAAUGUCUGCGUUUGAAGCUAUUCAUCAUGUGUGGAGAACGCGUUUCUUUCCGCACGAUAUGCAGAGCUGCUACAUGCAAGCGUGUGUGUGAGGGCUGGUACUCUUUGCUAGAAUUUGGAGAAGAUAGAUUACUGAUAGUUGAGUUCUAGAAGGAAAAUACCAAGGUGU